AUGGGCCUCUUACGCGCGUUCAUCGGCCUCGGUCCGCACACGAAGGACCUGGUGCGCUACGGCAAGAAGUUCGAGGCCCGCACAGCCGCGGUCGACCAGUUCCAAUGGAGCUACUUGAUGCGACCCGCAGCCGACCCCAAGAGUCGAGAGAUCGUCGUGUUCCUGCACGGCCUCGGGUCCUCGAAGGAGGCCUGGGUGCGAGUCUCCAGCGGCCUCAGCAAGGACUACCACGUCGUGAUCCCCGACCUGCCGGGCCACGGCAAGACCACGCCCUUCGACACCAACAUGAACUUCGCAGCGGACCGACAAGCGCGUCGCCUGCACGAGUUCUUCGAGUCGGAGCUGUAUCCGAACAACAAGGUACAUCUCGUGGGCACGUGCAUGGGCGCCACCAUUGCCGGCGUCUACGCUGCGAUGCACCCGACGCGGGUCAAGUCGCUGACGCUCAUGUGUCCGUGGGGCAUCUCCAUGCCCAACUUGAGCGUCACGCUCAGCGACGUCGGCGACUUUGGCAAGUUGGUGCCGCAGAGCCCCACGGAGACGUCCACGAGCGACGUCGGCGACUGGCGCGACCGCGUGACGGCCAGCAGCGCUGCCAACUUGGUCCAUGCCCCCAGAGUGUUCCGUGCCCUCGCAGUGUCCAAGUUCUCCAAGCGCGGACGAGCGCACGAGGUGCUGCAGAAGGUUUUGGUGGACAUGCUGGCCCACCCGACGAUCCUAGAGGACGAGUUGCACCGUAUUCGAGCCAGGACCAUGGUGGUCUGGGGCAACCAGGACGACGUCCUGAGCGAGUCGUGCCUCAAGGUGAUCGACGAGAAGCUCAACGUCGCGCGCAAGAACGUCAUGAUCUUCGACAAGUGCGGCCACCUCGUGCCGAGCGACAAGCCCGCGGAAUGCGUCGACAUGCUCAACAAGUUCCUGGCGGACGAGGAGCUGAGCUUCACGUUCGCUCUCACGAAGCAAGAGUCCGUGAUGGCAUUCUAG